GAGACCUUAAGCCCGUACCAUUUACCUCUGAAGCCCACAUCACACUUUUAGGGGAUAAAAGGAAGAAAACUAGGGGUAAGAAUCCUGGAGCCUGUGGAGCAAACAGCAGCUGCACUGCUCAACCUCAGCGCCAAUAUGUUGUACCUGGAGACCAAUGCUCCCUCAUCCUACAGCGAGCCUCAGUAUACAAGCCUGGGGCUUCUCAACAGCAUGGAUCAAAAUGGGGGCUCCACAUCCACCAGCCCCUACAACAACGAUCAUGCUCAAAACAAUGUGACCGCACCAUCGCCCUAUGCCCAGCCCAGCUCCACCUUUGAAGCCCUCUCUCCAUCACCUGCCAUCCCAUCCAACACAGACUACGCUGGCCCACACACCUUUGACGUGUCCUUCCAGCAGUCCAGCACAGCCAAAUCUGCAACCUGGACGUACUCCACAGAGUUGAAGAAGCUGUACUGUCAGAUUGCCAAAACAUGUCCUAUUCAAAUCAAGGUCCUAACCAACCCACCCCAGGGUGCAGUCAUACGGGCCAUGCCUGUCUAUAAGAAAGCAGAGCAUGUUACUGAGGUGGUCAAACGAUGCCCGAACCACGAGCUGAGCAGAGAGUUCAAUGACGGCCAAAUAGCCCCACCCAGUCACCUUAUUAGGGUUGAGGGGAACAGUCACGCUCAAUACGUGGAGGAUUCCAUUACUGGGCGUCAAAGUGUGCUGGUGCCUUAUGAGCCCCCUCAGGUGGGCACAGAGUUCACAACCAUCUUGUACAAUUUCAUGUGUAACUCCAGCUGUGUUGGCGGAAUGAACAGGCGGCCAAUUCUCAUCAUUGUCACAUUGGAAACCAGAGAUGGUCAGGUUUUGGGUCGACGGUGUUUUGAGGCUCGUAUCUGUGCGUGCCCUGGACGUGACCGCAAAGCUGACGAGGACAGCAUCCGCAAACAGCACGUCACCGAUGGCACAAAGAGCAGUGAGGCUUUCCGUCAAGCCUCUUCUCACCUAUCCCAGCUAAACUCCAUCAAGAAACGAAGAUCUACAGACGAGGAAGUGUUUUGUCUGCCUAUUAAAGGCCGUGAAAUCUAUGAGAUUUUGGUGAAAAUCAAAGAGUCUUUGGAACUCAUGCAGUUCCUCCCUCAGCAGACUAUUGAGUCAUACAGACAGCAGCAGCAGAACCUACUGCAGAAACAGAGCUCUCUGCCACCCCAGCCUGCAUUCGGCUCCAGCUCGCCCACCCUCGGCAAGAACAAACUGCCCUCUGUCAGUCAACUCAUCAACCCCCAACAGCGCAACGCUCUCACCCCAUCCGGCAUGCCAGGAGGACUCACUGACAGUUUAUUACAGUCUCAACCCUUUCCCCUUCCUUCAGUGACCCCUCCUAUGAUGGGUGGCCCUGUUCCUAUGAACACAGACCUGAGCUCCUUGAGCCCCAACAACCCCCUCCAGUCACAGUUACAAAUGGUGCCUUCAUCCCACUGCACACCUCCACCACCCUACCCGAUGGACAACAGCAUUUCCAGUUUCCUGUUGAGGCUGGGCUGCUCGGCCUGUUUGGACUAUUUCACAGCCCAAGGACUGACCAAUAUCUACCAGAUUGAGAAUUAUAACUUAGAGGACUUGUCCAGGCUGAAGAUCCCCACAGAAUUCCAGCACAUCAUCUGGAAAGGCAUCAUGGAGUACCGGCAGACCAUGGAGUUUUCUCCCCCUCCCCACAUCUUGCGCACCUCUAGCGGGACAUCCACUGUCAGCGUGGGCUCCACUGAAGCCCGAGGCGAGCGCGUGAUCGACGCCGUGCGCUUCACCCUCCGUCAGACCAUCUCCUUCCCUCCGCGGGAUGACUGGACCGAUUUCUCCUUCGAUCUGGCCCCUGAUUCACGCCGCAACAAGCAGCAGCGCAUCAAGGAGGAAGGAGAAUGAACAGAGUACAUGACUGUACACAAUACAACAACAGUGCACAUUUACUGUACACACACACACACACAUGCGCGCUCUGUUUAAUAGAAACACACUUGGUGUUGGUCCAGAUCGUUUCACAGGUUUCUUCUGCAAGUGAUGAUUUCAAAAAAGAAAAGAAAAAAAAAAGCUGUGAGCCUCAUAGUCUAGUUCACUUAAACGGGCAGAUCAAAUGCACUUAAAGUCCUUUUAUAGUUUCAUUUUGCUUCUGAUGAAUUUAUCUGGAUGUCAUUUCAAGACCCUCCUACUUUUUUUUUUUUUUGGACCGCAAGCAGCUCUGGCUGAGGGGAAAUGGUGCUUUGCUAAAUUGUGCUGUCAUUUUUUUUCCUGUUUCUCGAGACAGAGCACUUAAGAAAUGCUGACAUGUUUCCACUCGCAGAAUACACACUCAACAGCUGGGCUUUUCCUUUGUUUUAAACAUGGCCAAAGGUAUAUUUCUAUAUGUUACUGUUCUUUGUUUGUUUGUAUACAGCGUUCGUCUCUCAGCAGGAGCUUUAGUGUUAAUUGUACGCUUUGUUCUGACGAUCAUUCCUUGCGGUUGAACAAUGUCAUUUUAAAAAAAAAAAACACUUGACUGUCAGUUUUGAUUGUAUGUAUUUCAAUUCGCACAUGUUUUAUUUUUUGCAGAAAGUGUUAUUCAUCCAUUUUUAUGUUUGGUGUAAGAUGUAGCCUCUAUGUACUACUGUAAACCCUUCUUUGUAUCUACUAUGUGAACACUGAGAUUACUAUUGACCUGCAGUGUGUAAGUAUUGCAUUGAAUAUCAUGAACUGCUGUUUACUGGCCUUAAAGUAUACAAGUGAUUGACAUUAGCCGGUGUGUUUGAACAUGUGGCGUCAGUAUUUUUUUUUUUAAACAAAUUUCUAAUUCACUUGAUUCUCAUAAGCGGCAAUAUUGUACAGUUUUUGUUUUUUAUUUCACUUUCAUUUGCCAACUUAAUUGUUUUUCAAACUAUUAAUAAGGAAUUCUUGUAAAUAUGUUGCAAUGUACUUAUUUUGAUAUAAACAAAAAUAAAACAAAUAUCAGUC